AUGGAUGAGCUCAUCAAUGAUACUGAUGAAACAUCAGACAAUAGAAUUCUCGCAUCUGAUUGUUUUGAUGACGAAUUCAAUCGUGAACCCGAUGAAGAGGAUGUAAAUAUAGAUCAUGAAAUUGAUCAAAUUGUAGAUGAGGAAUUAAAUAAAGAAAUCGAACAAGGAAGUCAAAUUGCCGAUGAACCUGAAGUGCAUAUAAUAUAUGAUGACGAAGACAACGAUGGGAGUGACAGUGGCUAUGAUGAGACUAAUAUUUCAGUUAUUACUCCAGAACCUGUAAUAAGCCUUCCUACUAUUGUCAUAACUACUUCCACUCCGGGGCGUGGACGCGGCCGGGUUAAUUCAAAAGCUGUCGAUACAAACAAUGAACCAUUACCAAAACCACGCAUUACUGAUGUUGAACCAGAUAAAGACGCUUAUCCUAAACCUCCAAGAAUAGCAAGAUUACCGCAUUCAUAUUUUCGAAAACGAGAAGAUCCUGCAUUAGUGAUCGAACGACGUGCUCCUAUUCCAUCAUCUCCUUUAAUUGAUUUUCGUGUUACACUUGAUCAAAUAUCAUUUAUUAUCGAUCAAAGUGAUACCAAGGAACAAGGUUAUAUACAUGCAUGCAGACGUUUUCGAACUAUACAAUCCGAUAUAGAUAUUGAUUCGUUAAAACCCAUUCAUGAUAUAUGGAGUUUUGGUCUAUCUAUCUAUCCAUUAACAUUACCGAAACCUAUUUCAUGUAAUCUUUUGGAUUUAUUCUCAGAUAAAUUUGAUAAUGACGAAAAUCGACCAUUUUGGUUUACGUUCAAACAUCCGCCUAAGUUUCAAGAUUCAGUAAUUCGUCAGUCAAUGCCCAAAAAUCCUGACCCGCAUGGAGGAAAUUCACUUGUAAUCGGUCGUGAAAUUUAUUCAGAUUUAUGUUAUGGAGCAUUAUCAUCAAUGAGUUGUUUUUAUCUUCACAAAGAUUACAUAAUUCGUAACAAGUCUAUUUGGAAAUUACGCUUUUAUGAUGAGCUUUUUCAAAUUAAUUCAAAUAUAUUCAAGUUAGAAAAUAAUAAUGCUGAUCGAGUAUCAACUCAAGUAAAACAUAAGAUACCACUUGAUAUUAUUGAUCGCGCAGCUAUUUUUUAUUUACGCAACGAUGGAUUUGAUCUAUUUAUAAAUAUGAAAGGAAAUGUUCAUGAAUUACAACGAAAACUUAAGCCAAAAACUGAUGAUAUUGAUAGUACUCCAUUUAUACGUCAAGGAAUACGCGAUGGCAAACCAAUGCCUACAUUCUCAACAAUUCGCAUACGUAUACGAGUUAAAGAAGAAUCUUCUAUUCUAGAAACUUUAGAACGUAACCAAAGGAUAGGUCAAGAUAUUUCUAAUGAUGAAAAAAAAUCUCUUGCACAAUCAAAGUAUGAGGAAUCUUUGAUUGUAGUACGACAAGCAUUCAGACUUUGGUUUGAUUUUUUUAACAAUAAUCGUAUACAAGUUAGCUUUGGUUCGAUAAUAACAAAACGUAUAUCUCUAGACAAUAUAAUGUCCCUCAAUUCUCAUAGAUUUCCGACAUUUAUUCAAUCUUAUUCAUGGGCUAUGCUAUGUAAUAUUGGUUUUCGUGUACAAGUUCAAUUAUAUUUAUGCAAGAAUUUUGUGAACGAAUUACAUGCAUAUUCUGAUUCAAGAAAUAAUGAAACAGAUCCUUCGGAAGUCGAUGAUCGCUUUUAUCGUUUAUGUUUAUAUUUACAUCGACGAUCAUUAGAAUAUUUUUUUCUUGACUUCGAUAAAGAAAUUCAAAUAGGUAUUUCUAUAUAUGACGAAAAAUAUUACUCGUCAAAAGACAGAAAUUUGCCUAAGUCGAACUUUACUCAACUAGCAACAGCCACAGCAUAUGUUCCAUCCGUUGUUUUAACGCCAACAACGAUUAAAAUUCGUCCAUUGAAGUUAUGUAAAUUAAAUCGUGUUCUUCGCGAGAAGCGAUUUGGUAACUGUUUAAAUUUUGCUCUCGUCGAAUUACGUGACGAAGCUCAACGGUUACUUUUUCCCACCGAAUUUCGUGCAUUAAAAGAUCAAAUAUUGAAUUAUUUAAAAAAUGGAUUUUUCAUAACACCAGCGCGAACGUAUAAAUAUUUACAUCAUUCACAAAGUCAAGUUAAAUGUAAACAAUUCUGGUUCUACUAUCAUGAUAAAGAAAAUGGAUAUCUCUCACAUGACGAUGCGUAUGCUUGGAUGGGAAAUUUCGAUAAAGAACGUGUCGUAGCGAAACAUGCAGCACGUAUUGCACUUUGUUUUACAAGUUCAGAUAAAACGAUACAGAUCACUGCCGAUCGAGUCACUUAUGUUCGCGAUGUCAAAGAUCAAACAGGAGAAUAUGCAUUCACCGAUGGCGUUGGAACAAUUUCAACGCAACUUCGAGAUGAAAUAUUACAAUUCUUACAACGCAAAAAGGAAUUCAGCGUUUUACAAAUUCGUUAUGGUGGUUGUAAAGGUACACUUUCAGUUGAUCCAAGACUCGAUGGUAAACAACAUCAAUUGCAAAUUCGAGACUCGAUGAAUAAAUUUACUACCGAUCAUGAUAUACUUGAAUUAUGCAAAUUAUCAGCUCCACGAGCUCUACAUCUCAAUCGGCAAGAUAUAGUUUUACUCGAAAGCCGCGAUAUACCACAUACAACAUUUCUUCAUCUACAAAACGAAGAACAUUUAUUACUUAUUCGUUCUCUAUUGAUGCCGUCCAGUGCUUAUGAACUAUUACAAGAAAAACUUCUACCGAUAUUUGAAUUACGGAAAAUAGCUCGGAAUAUCAAUAUAGUGGAAGAACAAUUUUUUAUUAGAUUAAUCAUAACAUGUGCAUUUAAUAUUAUACGUGAAUUAAUAGAUAGAACAAGAAUACGGAUAUCCGAUAGAAAAGCAAGAAAUAUGUUUGGUAUUGUCGAUGAGUAUGGUGUAUUAGAAUAUGGUCAAGUAUUUGUUCAAUAUACGGCAAUGCGUGAAAAUACAUUGAAUUAUUUUGAAAAAGAUGAAUCGAAUCAAUGUGUAAUUUUACAACAGAAAGUUGUUAUUACAAAAAACCCAUGCCAUCAUCCAGGUGAUUUGAGAGUAUUUGAUGCAGUUUAUCAUCAUGAAUUGGAACAUUUAAAAGAUGUUGUUGUUUUUCCACAAAAAGGCCAUCGGCCACAUCCCAAUGAAAUAUCCGGAUCCGAUUUAGAUGGUGAUGAAUAUGUUGUUAUUUGGGAUAAAGAUUUAAUACCAAAAACGCCCAAUGAAGAGGCUUAUGCUUAUGAUUCUCAAGAAGAUCCGCCGAAAAUGAAACGACCAAUAACUCGAGAUGAUAUUAAUCAAAUUGUAAUGGAAGUUAGUGAACAAGAUUGCCUUGGAAGUUUAUCAAAUAUUCAUCUAGCUUAUGUCGAUAAAGAAGGCAUUAAGUCAAAAAUAUGUACUGAUUUAGCUGGAGCUAUUUCACAAGAAGUAGAUGCUGCAAAAACUGGUAAACAUCCGUUAACAGAAGCGCAAAUUGCUGACCUUAGAAAAGGGCUGAACAACAUAUGGCCCGAUUUUAUGAAAUCACGUGGAAAAAAGAAUUUUUAUCCAUCAGAACGUAUUCUUGGUAAAUUAUAUCGUUCAGCACAUCGUUCUGUCUCAGGUUGGAAACGAGCAAUAAGUAGCCAUGGUAAUCUGCGUCAUAUGGAUGUAGCUGCCACAUUAACUGCGGGUACGGAUGUAAAAGAUCAAGAAAAUAAUGAAACUAGUAUUACAUCAAAUAUGACAAGAUCUGAUAAUACACAGUCACUUGAUCCGUUCAUAUUUCAUGAAAAGUAUCGAAAAUAUCUUCCGGAAAUAAGACGCUUAUAUUCAACAUAUGUAUAUGAAUUACUUGAAAUCAUAAGUUUGUAUCGGUUCCAAGAUGAAAUCGAUCUUUUUUGUCGUUGUGAAUCAAUGGAUGCUUCUGCAGGUGGAAAUAAAAAAGGUGGUCUUGAAGAUUCAGCUUCGAUUGAAGUACAAAAUUUAGUUGAGAAAAUAAAAAAAGACUUCUAUAAAGAAUUUAAUCAACGGCGUGCAAAAUACGACUGCUGUCAAAUUGAAUAUGAUUCUUAUAGGCAGCGUCACAAAGUUGUUAGUUGUGAUUAUUGCACUGAAGAUAAAUUAGCCAAAGCCGCUUGUGCUUAUAUAUAUAGUUAUAACAAAAGCGGUCGCUUACCACCAAAAUCGAAUCGACGCAUACUCAGUUUUCCAUGGAUUUUCGGCCAUCAUCUUAUUACGUUACGUGAACGUAAUCGUCCAACCGAUUAUAUUGAUCAAUCGAAUACAAUUGUUGGUCAUGCGUGUUCAUUAUAUCUUGAAAAUUUUACACCAAAAUUCAAAGGUUUUAGACCAGAAAAUGAUACUGGUUUUGAAACUGUUGAAUUGUAUUACAAAACAGUUGAAGAAAAGCCAACUACUCUAUUACGUACAAGAGGAAAAUCGGAUGACAAAACCAUUCGUGUACCAUUACUUAAAGCUUGUUUUAUUGAAAUUUUAAACGAUUGGUUAAUCAAACAAAAAAUCUUUGGCGAGCAAUGCAUCGAAACCGAUAAAAAACCUUUGAUACCCGAAUUGAUUUGGCAUGAAUUAAUCAUAUAUUUUCUUACAAAUGAAUAUCAACAAAAUGUUCGUGUUUUAACAGCUGCAAGGACUCAAACUUAUAUAACCGAGCCUUACCGUCAAAUUAUUAAUGAUUAUCGUGUAACAUGGACAAAAAAGGAAAAGGAAGAAUUGCAAAAUAUGUUUCUUGAAAUACAUUCACUUGCUGUAAACCGUAUUCAAGCAACGCAAUUGACAAUGUGGUCUUAUCUUGAUGAAUAUAUUACGUUAGCUUUACAAUGUAUUGCUAUCGAAAAGAAACUUAUUGACAAAUGGAUUUUUCCAUAA